AUGGAACCGGAGUCAAUCUAUACUCCGCCUGACCGCUCUUCAACCGGUCUAUCGAUGUCCUCUGGACUAUCGAUGGCCGGACCGGGGCCACAGGAUGCGACACGACGCAGGCUGUUGUUGAUCUACAUUCAUGGUUUCAAUGGAUCCGAGACUACCUUUUCAGAGCUUCCCGUGCACGUCCAUAGUGCGUUGGCUGCUUUAUUAAGCGAGUCACACGUGGUAUAUACUCGUAUAUACCCUCGUUUUAAGACUCGUGGCGAGUAUCAACUGGCGGUGAAGAGAUUCAGUAGUUGGCUGGAGCCACAUGAAUCUCACGAUCUAGAUGUCAUCCUGCUCGGGCACAGUAUGGGCGGGAUUAUAGCUUCCGACGUCGCGUUGUUGAACAAGGACAAGACUGCACAGGCCAAGCACCGCAUCUUGGGGAUCAUCAGCUACGAUACUCCUUAUUUAGGACUACAUCCUCACGUUGUCUCCACUGGAAUUACCAGCCUCUUUGGAAAGGACGGGGGUGUACCGGAAGAACAAAUUUCUGCAAAUGCUGCGGACUUUGAACCUGUCCUCAAUGAUCCCACUUUCAAUCCACCCGAUCCACCACCUAACUAUGAUCCCAAGUGGCUGGAUGACUAUCGUCGCACUGAGCGCGGCUUGGUAGGUAGCGUGAAGGAUUUUUACCAGAAGAAGAAAGCUGAACGGGAAAAUUGUGUUGCAACAUCACAUCUUAAGCGCCUCAUGGCUCCUAUGAAGUUUGCAGGCGGUGUCAACAACUAUGCUGAAUUGCGGCGGCGGUAUCAGCGCAUUCAGGAAUGGGAAAAGGACGAAGACAGUCCGGACAGAGUACGCUUUACCAAUUACUAUACGUCAAGUACUCCUCGCCGGAAAGUCAAAGGUAAACAAAUAUCCUCCUGA